AUGCAACUUCAUCACUGUAGACUCUCAGAGACUCACUGUGAAGUUUUGGCCUCAGCUCUGAAGUCCAACCCUCAUCUGACACAUCUGGACCUGAGUGGAAACAAACUGUCUGAUUCAUCAAUGAAGCAUCUGUCUGCUGGACUGGAGAGUCCAAACUGUAAACUGAAGACUCUGAGACUUUAUGACUGUGGACUCUCAGAGACUCACUGUGAAGUUUUGGCCUCAGCUCUGAAGUCCAACCCUCAUCUGACAGAUCUGGACCUGAGCUUCAACAACCUGUCUGAUUCAUCAGUGAAGCUUCUGUCUGCUGGACUGGAGAGUCCAAACUGUAAACUGGAGACUCUGGAAUUGUAUGACUGCAGUUUGUCAAAGAUCAGCUGUGAUUAUCUGGCCUCAGCUCUGAAGGACAACCCCUCCCAUCUGAGAGAGCUGGAACUGAGAGGAAACAACCUGAAGGAUUCAGACGUGAAGCAGCUGAUGGAUCUUCAGCAGAGUCCAGACUGCAGACUGGAGGAUCUGAGAUGGAAGUGAUCUCUGUCAGAGUGAGAGUGAACAUCCAGGAGUGUUGAGAGAGGAUCAGCUGGAUCCUGAUGAUCCAUCUGGAGUCUGGAUCUGGAUUUUG